CGCGCGAUCCCUAAUGCCCCAAUGGAUAUGCUACAACCGAGGUCGAGUGCCCGAAUCCCCGGCCCAGUGUCCGCAGUGCCGCGACUCUGUCACCGAGCGAGCUCAAUUGGCCCAAGUUGCGCCGACAGAAGACACUCGCAGCGAUGAAGGACUUCUUCGGCGAUGUGCACGUGAAGGAUUUCGAUGCCGUAUCCUAUCUCGAACGGGUGGCCAGCCCACCCAACGUCGAUAUCGCCGUGUCCGGUGGAGGGUAUCGUGCCUUGAUGAACGGAGCCGGAGCCCUCAAGGCCUUUGAUAGCCGCACCGUGAAUGCCCCUGUCUGGUCUGAGUGGUGGCGGGUGACUGUUGGGCUCCCUCUACCUCAACUAUUUUACCUCCAUUUCGUCGCUGCAAACGGACAACUUGGGGAGUCCCUGGGAGUCUCUGAAUUCUAUUCUCGAAGGUCCCGACGAUGGAGGAGCACUCUUGUCCUAUGCCAGAAAGUACUAUGGAGAGCUUGUGACGGCCAUGGCACAGAAUAGUGAUGCGGGCUAUCCGACCACCAUCACGGAGUUCUGGUAAGCAGGCAGAUUCUGCUCCCUUGCCACAGGUUAGUGGUGCUUGCGGGGCUUCUGGGGCAGGUUGGGCUGUUUUGAUUUUUGGGGGUGGGGAGCUGGUAGGUGGGGUGUUUGCGUGUUCAUAGGAUAAUUGGUAAGACUUGGGUAGUCUGGGUGUAAAGGAUGAUAGAAAACACUCUAUGAGUGAAGAAAAGACAUCUUGAUAUCUCAAAGUGUGAGGCCAGAUUGAUAAGUUCAAAUUGACUCCAAAAGCGCCUAUGGAUCAAAGUAUCUCACCGCUCAGCCAGAUGGUUUGUCAGACAUCGCUCCAGGCAAUGGUUCGCUCCCAUAUUAUUCAGAUGUCAC